CGACUAUUAAACAAUAAAUUUGAAUUUUUAUUUUAUUUUAAACCUUUGAAUACAAUGAUGUACGUACACUAAAACAAAUAAUAAUAGUUACUAGUUAGGUAUACGAGACGGAAUAAAUAUCUAAAUUAUAUUAUUUAACAUAAAUCUACGGCGAAACGACGCGUAGAGAUCUAUAAUAUAAUAUAUAAUAUUAUCAUUAACAUUAUGGCCGAUGCAAAUCCGCAAAACCGAGACGAAGGCAUGUCGUCGAACAGCGCUGUAGACCGUGUGAAAUGGCAGGAUCUAAUGUCCACGCUUAUACUGGAUCGAUUGGAAGCGUCGUUCGACAACUGGGACGAUGAAUUGCCACACACGACGGGGCGAAUGACACAAAAUACAAAAACCGACUGUGAUUGUCGUUCACAGCAGUGCACCAUCGUCGAGGGGGAAUCGUCUAGGAUGGCAUAUUUUGAUUCAGCGUGCUAUGGCGACGAUAUCGUGAACACGACAACCGACCGAGACUCAAUCGCGUGCACGUCGCUGUUGUACGAUUGCUCUACCGAUGGAUUUCUCGAUGGAAACAACAGCUACUGUAGAUGCGAUAUGAAACCUCAAUAUUCUCUAAGUUGUCUAACCAACAAUCCGAGUAGUAGAGAAUCUAUCUCAGAGAAAAUAAAAAAAAAUGAAACUGAAAACAUAAAACAACAAGUGGAGAUUUUUAGAAACCGAUUAGAGUGCUCGUUGAAAAUUAAUUAUCAACUGCAAUCCGAACUUAAAAAAACUAUUCGAAAAAAUUUAUUAAUGGAACAAUAUAUUACAUGGCCUUAUGCUGUGAACAAUGGGAAGGUCGAGUUUCCUGGCAAAAAUGAUUUGGACCAACGGUUCGAUUGUUUGUUCAAAGAGUUGGAAAAAAUACGAAACGAGCUGAAACCUAUUCAAAACGAAAGCUAUAUUGUCCGUAAAUUGGAAAAAAUACUACACAUACCAUUACCGGGAUGUUUAAAUACUUGUAAUAAAUAUAUGAAUAAAAAAUAGUGAAAUCUGAAUGCAA